UUUUGAAGGGAAAUAGCCAGAGCUGAGCACUCCAGCACGCAUGCGCAGUUGUAAAAGCAACACAAACAGGCAGUCGGACCAAAGAAAAUGAAAAUAAGCGUCCAUCACCGGCGGCCAGAGGCUGGACUGUGAACGCGGAGAGCGCCACAUGGAGGCGGUGCUGAAAAACUUGGCGAGCACGGCGGAGCUGCUGGCCGUGGCGGCGCACAGCGGCGUGGUGGAGCAGUGGGAUAAACAAACUCUGUGCAGAGCUUUUCAAUGGGCCCGGUACUGCGAACACCUGUACACCAGGUUUCACGAUAUCCCCGUGAUCAGGAGGGUUAUGGAGAAGCAGCUGCAGCUCACAAAUCAAAGUCUGCGAGCAGUCUUCCCUGGAUACACAGAAGUCGCCUUCUCAGACCUCUCCAGGUAUCAGCACCUGUUGCUUUGUGGGCUUUUAAAGAAUCCUGAGCUGCCCAUUUCCAUCAUGAAGAUACUCUUUGACACUUCAAAUCCUGCAAACAACCAGCAGAGUGAGUAUCAGGAUGUCACUGGCUUCUGCAGUCUCACCAUUCAAUGCAAAUCUGCCUGUAAAGUCCUGAGUCCUCUCACAGACCUGUCAGCUGUUGGUGCUGAUGCUGAGGUGCAGGGGGUGAUGCUGAUGGAGAGGCUAUGUGCAGGCAGGGAGGCCUGCCGGACAGAGCACAUUUUAGACUCCGUCCUCCAGGGAUGUGGAGGAGCAACACAACAUUUCUGUCAGGUCAUCACUGCAGCUCUGCUGACAAAGAAAAACUUGCCUGCACAAACUGCUUCACAGGGUUUUCUGUUGGACUGGCUGCAGAAAGAACACAGUGUGCUGCAGCACAUGUGCUCUGCACUGCCUGCUACACUUAUUAUAGACCUGGCCAAAGAACACCUGAAAUUUAGAGAUGCGUACUGUGAUAUGCUGAAAAAGUGGGCCUCUGAAAUGGAGUAUAGCAUAACUGAGGGUGAAUGGGUUCAAAGCAGCACUGAGCGAACAGUGUCCUUCCAGAGACUGACCGAGCACUUUCUGGCCUUGUUUGAGGCCUGUCCCUCUCUGAGGGAGGAUGUAGAAAAAGAGUUACAUGCUUUGAAAACUUUUGAUGGGGACUUUGACGUCAGAGGUCUGAGUGUGUGGGGAGACCUGCUUUCAGCAUUUAACAAGUGACUGUCAGUGUUGCAGUUUCUGUAGAGCUGGAAGAGAUGCCAAGAUUUACACAAAUGUUUAUGUAGUGUUUGACUAUGGCUGCAUAUUAAAACCUCAAAACUUUUUUGAUACCAAACAAAAGGUGUCCAUAGUACAGAUUAUUGGGAGAUGUCAGUGACCAAAAUCUGGCACCUAAUGCUCACUCCGAUUCAUAUUCUUCUUUUGAUCAGACAGUUGCAAUCCUAAUUUUACUGUUUUCUCACUUACUUUGGUUUCUCUUAGGGGUCGACUGAUAUUGUUUUUUCAGGGCCGAUGCUGAUUAUUAGUACUUAAUGAGACCGAUAACUGAUAUUUGGAAUGAAUAUGCAUUUACAAUAAAAAUAAGAGUAUUUCUUUCUAUCUUUAGAAUUUGCAGUAUAACAAAUUCCAACACGAAACUUUGUUUAAAUGCCUUUGGCAAAUGUUUAAUCAGCAGUGAAACUGUCAACAUAAUUCACGGCAAGUUGCCAGCAACUUUUUUUCAUAAAGUUCAAUGAAAAUUUAAACAAAUAAAUGAAUAGAUAAAAAUAGC